UUCCGCUUCCGGGGCCGCGAGGCGCUGGCUAGAUCCAGGCAACUGGACGGCAACAAACAGGCGGCGGCGAAAAGGGGGCUCUGUGUGACGUCACUGGCAGCCGGGUGACGUCACACAGGAGGACCUGUGCCAUCAUGCCAUAAGGAGACAGUGCAGUGCUGAAGACGCCAUGCACGUUUGAGCUGUGUCCCAUCAUGGAGGGGCCCCCGUGUGAGGAGAGGCUUCCGACUCUAGGAGCCGAGGACAACCCAACCAGCCACCCUGAACUAGUGGGAGACGGUGGCACUGAGAUGAAGAAGCUGGCUGCAGAUGGAAAGAAGGACAACGGGGAGAUAGAGGAAGAGCUGGAUCCCCGCAUACAGGAAGAAUUGGAGCGACUGAACCAGGCCAGCGAGGAGAUCAACCAGCUUGAGCUGCAGUUGGAUGAUGCCCGCACCGCCUACCGCCGAAUCCUCACCGAGUCCGCCAGACGUCUGAAUUCUCUGGCCACUCAGCUCGGAGCCUGCAUUGAAAAAGCCAGACCGUACUACGAAGCGAGGAGACUGGCCAAGGAGGCUCAGCAGGACACUCACAGCGCAGCUCUGCGGUACGAGAGGGCGGUCAGCAUGCACGCUGCUGCCCGGGAAAUGGUGUUCGUGGCUGAGCAAGGUGUCACCGCUGACAAGAACAGACUGGACCCAACGUGGCAAGAAAUGCUGAACCAUGCUACCUGCAAAGUGAACGAGGCGGAGGAGGAACGACUGCGCAGCGAGUUUGAGCACCAGCGGGUGACCCGGCUGUGCCAUGCAGCUGAAGCCAGAGUGCAGACCUUGCAGAAGAGCCUGAAACGCGUCAUCAUCAAAAGCCGCCCCUACUUCGAACUGAAGGCGCAGUUCAAUACCGUUCUAGAGGAACACAAGGCCCGUGUCACGGCUCUGGAGGUCUCGGUGUCUCAGGCCAAGCUGCGAUACUCGGAGGCGCUCCGCAAUUUGGAGCAAAUCAGCGAGGAGAUCCACGCCCGGCGCACUAAAGGCCCCCUUCUAACACUCAGGGCCCCACCACUUGGGGCCGAAGCCCCCGCCCCUCUGACAGACGGCGAGACGGGCCCGCCCUCCGACACGGUUUCCCUCCUCAGCCUGCAGACCAUCGCUUCCGACUUGCAAAAAAGCGACUCGGUGGAGCACCUGCGGGGCCUGAGCGACGUCACCAGUCUGGACGGAAGAGAUAUGGAGAGCGAGGAAGGAGAGAGCAGCGGAGGCCGGGAGAGAGGUGGCGACAGAGGAAGCAAGGGGAUGUUCGCCCAUCACAGGAGUGUCAGCCUCUAAAUUAA